AUGGGAGCACCGCUUGGGAAGAUACCGGUACACCUACUACACCUUCCUAGACGCCGAUGCGUCGGUGGACAGCUGGCCUCAGAGCUGGCAACACUUCGAAGACUUCCUGUGGACCUGGGAGCCUGCGGUGGGCUUGCCAGGGCUCUACGACUACAGCCAGAUUUUGGACGAGUAUUUGGACACCGAGAUCCUUCUGAAGUGCGCAGCGUUCUGAAUUUCGACCACACGGUCGUGGCCGUGCACUCGGAUGCCUCGGUCUGGCUGCUGCCUUAUGUCACCGACCUGGAUGCCCAUUGUCAGUGGGUGUCUCAGUGGAGGUUGUCCUCCUUGGCAAAUGCGCUGUUUCCCCAGCACGUGCUGCUCACGCACAAGGUGCUGGUGAAGAACCCCCACCACGCCACCUACAGCAAGUCGAGGUGCCUGGAGCUGAUGCGACGGGUGACCCUGGAGCUGCGGGAGGCCGUGGCGCCGGAGGCCCGGAGCUGCUUCGUGGAGCCCUCCAACCAGGCGCUGCUGCUGGAGGGCGCGCCGAAGCUCACGGCAUACCUGCCCUGGUCCCAUCCCCUGCGUCGAGCGCAGGCGGAGCCUUGGCGCCGGAACUACUCCGCGCCGGACUUCGCGCGGAGGAUGCGGAGCUGCAUCCACGAGCCCGUGGUGCAGGCCGUGGAGCAGGCGCAGAAGUCAGAGGCUUCGGAGGAGGAGUCCUACAGCUGGUGCCGGGGCUGUUCGCUGGCGGUGGCCUACGCCGUGCUGCAGGUGAUCAUCUCCUCCAGGCCCUUUGACUUUACCGGCUGGGUCAAGUUGGCCAACCUGGCGGCCAAAGGCGCGGCGCGGCGGGAGGACCUGGUGGUGGCGGCCUCGGCGGUGGCGGUGGCCGGGCGCCUGCUGUGGUGUGGGCACGGGAUCCCCGGCACGCAGAUCAACUGGAAGGAGCUGGCCGAGUUCCGUGCAGCUUUCGGAGAGUGGGGCAUCGUGCUGGCGGAGACGGAGCAACAGCUCCAGGACUUGGAGAACAUGGCGCUUUUGAAAGCCGAUGGCUACCUCUACAACACCGUACGGGCUGCGCUGUCGCCGGCGGAAGACUCGCCGGCGGCCAACCGCCCCAUGAUCUCCGAUGAGAACCUGCAGAUGCUGGUGGAGCUGGUGAAGCGCUGCCCCGGGCCUGGGGUGGGGCUGGAGAUUUUGGACCGGGAGGCUAAUGCCGACCUGCCAGGUGGGUGA